UCGGAUGCAUGGUGAAUGGCGCUGGGUUGGCAAUGGCUACAAGGAUAUCAUAAAAAGUUACAUGGAGGAACACCUGCCAAUUUUCUAGAUGUAGGUGGGAACGCUUCUGAAGGACAGGUUGUUGAGGCUUUCAAGAUCUUGACAUCUGAUGACAAGGUUGCAUUAAAGGUGCCCGUUGUGGUUCGUCUUGAAGGCACAAAUGUUGAUCAAGGAAAGAGGAUUCCUAAGGAAAGCGGGAUGACGUUGAUUACAGCUGAGGAUUUGGAUGAUGCAGCCGAGAAAGCGGUUAAAGCACUUAAAUCAGCUUAAGACGGAGUAUGUCUCUUGCCCUUCUUGUGGUAGAACUCUGUUUGAUCUUUAAGUGAAGUGCAGAAAUUAGAGAAAAAACAUCGCAUUUGCCUGGUGUUUCUGUAAUCACUAAGUUCCUUGUAAUAUACUUGACUUUGUAAUACAUCUCGCUUACUUUUGUCCUUUUAUGACAGAUUGCAAUCAUGGGUUGCAUAGUAAAUGGACCAGGGGAGAUGGCUGAUGCAAAUUUUGGAUAUGUCGGUGGUGCUCCUUGAAAGAUUGAUCUUUAUGUUGGAAAGACGGUGGUACAAAGAGGAAUUGCAAUGGAGAAUGCAACGGAUGCAUUGAUUCAACUGAUCAAAGAUAACGGACGUUGGGUGGAUCCUCCUGCGGAGGACGUUGAUUCAAGAACAUUUAAGGUCAUUGUAUUAAAUAAAAAGGUGAUGAUACUAGAAAGUGUUGUUAUAUUGUUAUGACAUAGUGUAGGUGUCAAGUAUAUUAAUGUUUUAUCAUGUAGAGAUUGAGUAUGGGAUCUAAAAACCUUUUUAAUACAGCCACCAUACUAAUUCA